UGCCGGACAGACGAAUGGGAUAGAAUUAAGGUGAGAACCACCAUGUUCUAGCGCUGGCGGGUCAUCCAGAUAAUAGAGGAGCAACGAGACUAAGGGGAAGGAUGGGAAGUUAAAGUUGUGGUGCCCUUGAUUGAUUGCUUGGAUUGCUUUUGGAUGCAUUGCCUCUUCCGGUCAGCCCCAUCCCCAAUCCUCUCUCUCUUCUCCCUCUCUUUCUCUCUCUCUUCCCAUUUCGCUUUCUUCUUUUUUUUACAUCCUAUUCCUCUCCCACUAUUUGACUUCUUCUUUCCUCUUUUUCCAUUUUUCUCUCUUCCGAUUUAUUUCCUAUUGUUCUGCUGCGUGGUUGGUGGCUUCCACCCUCUAACUCUUACUCUUACCUUUGCCCUCCCCUCCCUUCCGCGUUCCUUCUCUUUGUUUCCUGCAAUCACCCGGACACCGAACUGUUUGCUACCAUCUUUAUCAUCUCCAUCAGCGUUCCUCUGACUCAACAUCCUCCCUCCUGUCAUUUCUCUCCUCCCAUCACCUCCCUUUCAGUGCGUGCUGGCUAUGCGGAUCGGGCCUCUCCGCCAUCGGU